CUCCGACCAGAUACGAAUUGAACAUAAAGUGCAUGUUAGAUGUUGACUAUAAAUUCACACAGUACCUUUAUACGCGUAUACAGUAAUCGUUUGACCGCCGGAAAGAAAAAUUAAAACAGUUUUUUAUUGGUUUGCAGUCAGUAAAACUAAAUAGUAAAGAAUGUCUCUGAUUUUUGAUAAAAAGUUCAAGCUGGAAACCAGCGAAAAUUUUGAUGAAUUCUGUAAAGCUCUGGGUGUUAUUGAGGUGAUGCGCACGUUGGGCAAAGUCAUGACUCCGGUGGUGGAGCUGACCAAAAACCAGGACGGUAAGUAUGUGUUGACGUGCAACACAAUGAUCAGAAACACAUCGAUCGAGUUCAACCUUGGCGAGGAAUUCGUCGAAGAAACAUUAGACGCCCAUAAAGUGAGGUCGAUCAUCACUCAGGAGGGCAACAAGCUGGUGCACAUUCAAAAAGGUUUAAGCAAUAGAAAAGAGACAACGAUAAUCAGAGAAUUUGAACCCGAUCAACUCAAAAUGUCGAUGACUGCUGAUGGAGUCACGUGUACAAGGAUUUACAAACCAAUCAAAUAAAUACGUCAUUACACGUUCGAACUAUUACUUCUGCAGUAUACCUACCUUUAUAUAUUGUAAUAUUAUAUUCAGAAAUUUAAACUGAAAUUUGACUUACUGUAAUAUAUUUUAAACAUUAAAUACAUAAUAA